AGUCACGCAUUUAACGACGGCUUUCUUGUUUCACCUCUCCUUAUUCCCUCUCCUUUCUUCCCUUGCGUUUCACAGCGUCCUUGUCUCAUCUCCCCCAUCCUUCCCCGAUAUCCAGCCGCAGUGCACACCCACACCCACACAGCUCUUGGAGAUUGGUUGUUCAAACUAACCCCCAGGACCACCCUCUACUCGUUGAAGAUGGGCGUCAAAGUCGGCAUUGUGAUCUACUGCAUCCUGCAGUUCAUCGCGUUCCUGUUCCUCUUGGUAGGCACGCCCAUCGACAUGUUCCGCGCGAAGAACGAGGAUACGAUCGGCAAUAAACCAUGCUUGACGAUGUGGGGUACUAAAGAGAAGUGCUACAGCACCAAGUACGACAUCCGGCCCGAUGACCUCUUCGUACUCUGCAAAGAGCGCCGUGACCGCUUCCGCGCCGCGGAGGCCUUCGCCAUCAUUCACAUUGUUGUGUACCUUGUGGCGUGCAUCCUCGGCUUUGUCCAGCUGUGCUGCUGCUCCUGCCUCCGCUGGGCCUGUCUGGCGCUGAACAUCCUCGGCAUCACCUCCUGCAUCUCUUGGGCUAUCAUGGCGGACUUGUACUUGCGGAACUCGAGCGCUUCGUUGACGUGGUCGGGCUCUCCCAACUGCUAUAAAUUCAAUUUGGCUUUCAAGUACGGUGCUGGCUUUGGCCUGCUGGUCACGGCCUGGUGCCUGAACAUCGUUGCCAUGGUGUUUCUGAUGCUGCCAUGCUGA